UCAAACCUUGACAGACCUCACGGUGAUGCGUUGAUCGUCACCCUGAACAUCGCAGGAUACGAGGUUCCUAAGCUCAUGAUAGACACAGGAAGCUCUGUCGACCUCAUUUUCUAUAACACCCUAAAAGGGAUGGAAAUAGACGACUACGAAAUCAUUGGCCAAAAAACAAAAAAGGAGCUCAUCGAUUUUUUGAAAAGCAAUGUCAAAACCUUUGCGUGGUCCACCAACGACAUGAAAGGAAUAGAUCCGAACGUCACCACCCAUAAGCUAAAAGUUGACCCUACUUUCAAACCAAUCAAACAGAAGCGUCGUAAGCUAGGUCUCGAAAAGGCUCAAGCUGUUAACGACGAAGUUGACCGACUUACGAAAGCUGGGUCCAUUCGAGAGGUACAUUACCCCGACUGCUUCCCGUUGCCUCAGAUCGACCGCCUAGUUGAAGCAACAGCUGGCCAUCGACUCCUAUCCUUCAUGGAUGCUUUCUCAGGAUAUAACCAAAUCAUGAUGGAUCCUGUGGACCAAGAGAAAACUGCAUUCAUAACCGAACGAGGAACCUAUUGUUAUAAGGUUAUGCCAUUCGGAUUAAAGAACGCAGGAGCUACCUAUCAAAGGCUAGUAAAUAAGAUGUUUGCUGGACAACUUGGAAAAACCAUGGAGGUCUAUAUCGACGACAUGCUAGUCAAAUCCUCAGCCGGGGAAGAUCAUAUCUCCCAUUUAAGGAAAUGCUUCGAUAUCUUGAACAAGUACGAUAUGAAGCUCAAUCCCACUAAAUGUACUUUCGGGGUACCCUCAGGCGAGUUCCUAGGAUUCAUAUCCAAGUCUACCGAUAAAUGUCUCCCAUUUUACAAGCUUCUAAGAAAUAAUAAGAAGUUCGUAUGGGACGAGAAAUGUGAGGAAGCCUUCAAGCAAUUGAAAGCUUACCUCUCCGAACCUCCGAUCCUAUCUAAACCAGUAGUAGGAGAGCCAUUGUACCUAUAUCUCGCUGUAUCUACUGCUGCAGUCAGCGGCGUUCUAGUACGGGAGGAACAAAACGAACAAAGACCUGUCUAUUACACCAGUAAAAGUUUGAUAGAUGCCGAAACCAGGUACCCUGCGAUGGAAAAACUAGCUCUAGCAGUCGUAACAGCUGCCAGAAAAUUGCGACCUUACUUCCAAUCGCAUUCGAUCGUUGUAAUGACCUCACAACCAUUACGAAUGAUCUUGCACAGCCCCAGCCAGUCAGGGCGAUUGGCUAAAUGGGCCAUAGAACUCAGCGAAUAUGAUAUUGAGUAUAGACCUCGAGCAGCAGCAAAAGCUCAGGUCCUCGCUGACUUUAUCAUCGAAUUGACAUCCGAGCACCAGUUUCACGGAGAAUAUGAAACGAGGGACGAAAGAAUGGGGGCAUAUCUCGAAGUCGUCCAGAACCUCACUAGGCAGUUCGACAAAUUCGAGCUAACGAGAAUCCCACGAGGUGAGAACUCCUCAGCAGAUGCAUUGGCUGCUUUAGCUUCCACAUCAGACCCCCUCGUAAAACGAAUCAUACCCGUAGAAGGAAUCGAGAAACCAAGCAUCGACAUAGCUACUAAAGCUGAAAAAGAGAGCAAACUAAAAGCGCAGCCCGAAGGUACCUGCCCUGAAGCGGUAGCUACCCAGGUUUUCACAACAUUUUGGUUUCCAAAAACCAGAAUAUGCAGCGCAAAAAAGCAUACCUCCGGGAACAUAAUCCAAGUCACGGAAGAUAUUCCUCGAAAUUCAGACUCCUUAGAGCCUGAUCUCGAGAAUACCCCCGGGGGCACCAACUCAGACCCAGUCAUCUGCAGAGUUAAAACCAGAAGCCGUACAGCUCUCCAAAAUUCAUCUGGAGGUAUUCCUCGGAAUUCAGACUCCCUGGAGUCCAAUCCUACCAAUACCUCCGGGGGCACCACGACACCAGGUCCCGAACAGGAACCUCCCUCGUCUCUUCAUAACAAAGUUGUAGGAAGAGAGGAUUGGAGAAUUCCAAUCACGCAAUACAUCCUGGAGGGAAAGACUCCACCCAAUAAAUGGGAGGCUCGAAAGCUCAAAGCAUUAAGCGCGAGAUAUUGCGUAACUGAAUCUGUCCUCCUCAAACGAAGCAUUUCCGGACCUUACCUAAAAUGCGUCCAUGGCCUCGUUGCUAUGAGACUCAUGAAGGAAAUGCACGACGGUUCCUGCGGAAACCACUCUGGAGGAAGAGCUUUAGCCAUCAGAAUCAAAAGACAAGGAUAUUUCUGGCCUACCAUUAUUGCAGAUUGUGAGGCCUAUUCCUCUUCAUGCGACAAAUGCCAGAGGCAUGCACCGAUUAUACACCAACCUGCGGAGAAGCUGUCUAACAUAUCCGCCCCUUACCCAUUUAUGAGAUGGUCCAUGGAUAUCGUGGGGCCACUAGUACCAUCAGGAAGUGGAAAGAAGAAGCUACGCUUCCUCUUAGUCUUAACGGACUACUUCACAAAAUGGAUAGAGGCUGAAGCUUUCCAGCAGGUAACCAGGGUCGAGGUCGAGCAAUUUGUAUGGAAAGAUAUUGUGUGUAGACACGGCGUCCCAUACGAAAUCGUAACUGACAAUGGAGGACAAUUCAUAUCCCACGAUUUCAAAAUAUUUUGUGACAAGUGGAAUAUUCGCCUGACCUUCUCAUCACCUCGCCGACCUCAAGGUAACGUGGAAGCCGUCGUUCCGGCUGAAACCAUUGCUGGUAGCCUCCGCCGGGAAUUCUGUACAUCCAAUCCCGCAGCUAAUGAUCAGCUCCUAACUGACAGCCUCGAUCUAAUCGAGGAAAGACGGGACCGAGCUUUGAUUCGCAUUCAGAACUAUCAGCAAGCAAUGGCACGGCAGUACAAUUCCAAAGUCAGGCUCCGGCAGUUUGCUGUAGGUGACCUAGUACUUAGGAAAGUUUUCGAAGGAACCAAAGAGCCAAAUGCUGGGAAGUUAGGAACUAACUGGGAAGGUCCCUAUCAGAUCAUCCAUGUAGUACGACCUGGCGUUUACAAGCUCCGAAAGGUGCGAACCGGGGUACCUGAAAUCAGAUCGUGGAACGCCACGAAUCUUAAGAGAUAUUAUCAUUAGGUACCUAAAAUUCCCGAACUACGUUAGGCUUGAUCCCUUGACUGGGUACGUAGGCAACUCCGUCAUGAGUGCAGCCCCAACCUCAUUUCAAACACUUCGUUC